AUGUUUGCUGCCUCCACACGUGCCCAUUUGAGACUUGCUGCAAUUAAAAGACACUUCUCCACAUCACCAUGCGCCUUGGAGAAAAUCCACGUUAAGAAUCCUAUUGUUGAGUUAGAUGGUGACGAAAUGACCAGAAUCAUUUGGUCGGAUAUAAAAAACAAGUUGAUUCUUCCCUAUCUCGACGUUGAUUUGAAAUACUACGAUCUAUCCAUCCAAUCCAGAGACGCGUCCGACGAUCAGAUCACCGUUGAUGCUGCAAAUGCCAUCAAAAAGUAUGGUGUUGGAAUCAAGUGUGCAACCAUCACUCCUGACGAGGCAAGAGUGAAGGAAUUCGGUUUGAAGAAAAUGUGGUUGUCUCCAAAUGGUACAAUCAGAAACAUCCUUGGCGGUACUGUUUUCAGAGAACCGAUUGUAAUUGGCUCUGGCCCAGACAAGGCUCCUAACGAUAUCGAGAUUCCAAGGUUGGUUCCUGGUUGGAAGAAGCCAAUUAUUAUCGGUAGACACGCACAUGCUGACCAGUACAAGGCAACCGAUUUUGUUGUUCCCGAAGCCGGCACUUUGGAAGUUACCUUCACUCCAAAGGAUCCAAGGGGCGAGAAAAUCAACAGGACCGUCUACGAAUACAAGGGUCCCGGUGUUGCCCUAUCCAUGUACAACACCGAAGAGUCUAUCAGAGGCUUUGCACAUUCAUCCUUUAAGAUGGCUUUGAACAGAAAGGCGCCAUUGUUUUUGUCAACAAAGAAUACCAUCUUGAAGAAAUACGACGGUAAAUUCAAGGAUAUCUUUCAAGAAAUUUAUGAAACCACAUAUAAGGCUGAAUUUGAAUCUAAAGGUUUAACUUAUGAACACAGAUUGAUAGAUGAUAUGGUUGCACAAAUGUUGAAAUCUCAAGGUGGCUUUGUCUUAGCCUUGAAAAAUUACGACGGUGAUGUCCAAUCCGAUAUUGUUGCCCAAGGUUUUGGCUCCCUAGGUUUGAUGACCUCUGUAUUGAUGACUCCAGAUGGAAAGGCCUUUGAAUCCGAAGCUGCUCAUGGUACUGUCACCAGACAUUACAGGAAAUAUCAACAGGGUGAAGAAACUUCCACAAAUUCCAUUGCUUCAAUCUUUGCAUGGACCAGGGGUAUUGCCCAAAGGGGUAAGUUGGACGCCACUCCUGAAGUCGUUGAGUUUGCAAACACCUUGGAAAAAUGUGUCUUAGAUACCGUAUCCAAGGAUGGCAUCAUGACAAAGGAUUUGGCCUUGCUAGUCAAGAAGAAGGAAUAUGCAACUACCGAAGGCUUCCUUGAUGCCGUUGCAGCAAGAUUAUCAAAAAACAUCAAAGUUUGA